GUCAUGCUGAACGAGGCUCUGGAUAGCCUCAAGGCCUUCUACGUGGAGAAGCCCAAGGCAAAGAAGUCGCUGCUGCAGAAGCCUUCGGAAGACACCGUCCCUGAGGGAUUCAAGGACUACCAGAAGAGCAGCAGCGGCAAUGCCGUGACCCAGCUCCUGCAGCAGGUGAUCCUAGAUACGAAGGCCAUGGAGGCCGAAACGACUCGCGCCAUGAAAUCUUCGGAGAAGCAGUUCGCAAAGCUGACUGAUGCCACGAACGCGGACAUCGCGGCCCUGAACGGCGAGCUGGAGAGCCUGGCGAAGGCGAAGGCCAGCGCCCAGGAGGCGGUGGUCGCAGAGAAAGCGAACCUGAAGGGCACCAAGAAGGAGCUCGCAGAUCUGGCCCUGGACGAGGCGAAUCUCCACGAAA